AUGGUCAACCCCACCUUAUUCUUGGACAUUCUCCUAGACUGGUAGCUCAAAGUCUCCUUUGAACUGUUUGCAGACAAAAUUCCAAGGACAGAAGAGAAUGUUUAUGCCCUGAGCUCUGGGGAGAAAGGACUUGGUUAUAAAGGCAGUAUUCCAGGAUUUCUGCGCCAGGGUGGUGACUUCAUGAGCCGUAAUGGCACUGGGGGUGAGUCCACCUAUGGGAAGAAGUUUGAUGAUGAAAAUAUCAUCCUGAAGCAGAGAGGACCUGGCAUGUUGUCUAUGGCUAAUGCUGGACCUGACACAAAUGGUUCCCUGUGUUUCCUCUGCACUGCCAACACUGAGUGGUUGGAUGGCAAGCAUGUGGUUUCUGGCAAGGAGAAAGAGGGCAGGAGUAGUGGAAGCCGUGGAGCCCUUUGGGUCCAGGAAAGGCAAGGCCAGCAAGAUCACCAUUGCUGA